AUGGCACCUGCUCUUCAAAUCAGAGAACCAACCAUGGGCACAGUUGACUGGAGAACACAGUUGCUACCUGCUUCACGCCAGUAUCUCAUCAACAAGAUAUUGGAAACAAUAAAGAAGCGCUGCCCGUUUGCUGGACCAGAGGGGCUUAUCGAGCUCAGGAGAAUCGCUGCUAGAUUCGAGGAGAAAAUCUUCAACCUUGCUGAGAGCCAGAAUGAUUACUAUCGGAAAAUAGCCAUGAAGAUGCUGACUUUUGAGACUUCUUCUUUACCUAUCCCUCCUGCCAACAACAGCCUACCUUUGGAUUCGGGCCAUGUUGUGGUCAGUGACAACUCAGUGCCUUCUCUUCCGAACGAAGAACCUGCCGUGAACACAGCUGACUGGAGAACUCAACUGCCACCGGAUUCACGCCAGAAGAGUGUCAAGAACAUAGUGGAAACACUAAAGAGAAAUGUUCCAUACACUGGGCAAGAAGGAAUUGAGGAGCUCAUGAGAAUUGCUGCCAGCUUUGAGGACUUGAUUUUCACCACUGCUAAAAACCAGGAGGAUUACUUUCAUAAAAUAUCCUUGAAGAUGGAGACUAAUUCAGCGUUCUAA